UUGCUUGGGAGCGCAGAAAAGGAAGACGCCAUUUUGAAACAGUGAAAAACCAAGCUACCCGGUUCCGUGUAAAAGAGUUGCAUGAUCGCUGUUUGUGGUGUGUCUUGACGUGCUAUUUGAGUGAAUUUUGCGCCCCUGUUUAUUGCCAACCGCAUUUUAUUAUAUUGUGCAACGAAAUAGCAACCCCCGAGAACGGAAGUGAAGUAUUCGUUGCCAAGUGUGAACAGCUUACAUAAAUAAUGAUGGAUAUGUCCGGUCCACCGAGAGGUGGCUAUCGUGGCCGUGGAGGACCGCCCCGAGGUGGAUACAGUGACCGGGGAAGCUCACCAUUUCCAUUCAGAGGUCGCGGCCGUGGAGGCGGACCACCGAUGGGUCCCCGUAUGGGUAUGGGAGGCGGUGGCCCCCCUAUGAUGCGUGGACGAGGGGGAAUGAUGCGAGGCGGCGGUCCCCCAAGGGGUAUGGGUGGUCCGCCACGAGGCGGUGGUCCACCGAUGUCGCGCGGUGGUCCAUACGGCGGUGGUGGUGGCGGCCGCCCAAUGGGUGGUCGUUCCAAUUAUGGAGGCCCUCCGUCCUCGGUAUCGAACGGAUCGGGACCGCCCGCCGCUAUUGCUGCGGCAGAAAAUGGCGACGGUGGUAAGGUGGCGGAAACAAACGGUGCAACUAAAGCCGUCUCGACCACCUCGGGCGGUGGAUCGGGUGCGGGACAGAGUGGUGGAAGUUCCGGCGGUUCGGGCACCGGUGCUGCCCAGGGCGGUGCAUCCGGUGGCUCAGAGACAGAGCACAUGUCACCUAAGCAAUCGAUAAAAACGGCCGAUUCGAGCAGUUUGGCGGCCGGAUCGCAAGAAUCGUCGAUACAAUCCACACACUCGUCCGCACCGUACCAUUCGUCUCCGCGCGGAAUGUCCCGUGGACGGGGCGGAUUUAUGUCACGCGGCAUGAGUCGCGGCCGGGGUGGUGGCGGAGGUGGAUACGGCGGCGGUGGCGGUGAUUACGGUGGGCCAAGGCCGUACCGCGGCGGAAUGGGCGGAGGCCGAGGACGAGGCGGUGGUGGCGGGUAUGGUGGUGGUGGCGGCGGUGGCGGCUACGGCGGAGGUGGUAUGUCCGGUGGUGGCGGUUACGGCGGAGGUGGUGGUGGAGGUAUGGGUGGUGGUGGCGGUGGUGGUGGAUAUGGCAACGCGCCACCCUCCUCUUACAACCCGAUGGGUGGCUACGGACAAAACAAUGGUGGUCCGGGAGGUGGUGGGUACGGUCAGGGUCCACCGCCACCACGCCAGUUCGACUCACGCCAGCCAGCGAACCCGUCCGCCGUACCGCCGAUCAACAAGCGCGGUGGUAUCCCUGGAGUGGGAGGCCCCCCGGGACCGAAGCGUGGACGGUACGACGCUGGCCCGCCAACACGCGCACUGCCACCGAAGGCUAUGCCACCGCAUCACGGCGCGGCGGCUCCGGUUCCGUCGUACAGUGCUCCACCCCAGCCAAUGGCCAACCACGGUGGCUAUAGCGAUCCGAACGCGCAUGCUCCACAAAUGGAACAUCAGUACACGCACACACCUGCGGCCAACACUGGCGGAUAUGGAAACACGGCCGCACCGCAAGCCGGCUACGCCAGCAACGGAUACAGCCAAAGCUCGUACGGCAACACGACGAUGGCUAGUACCGGGUAUCCCAGUACUGGCACGGAGUACGAUACCACACACUAUGAUUAUAGCAAUACGGCCACAUACGAUACACGCUAUCAGUCUGGCUACACGCAGGAUUACAGCCAAACGUACGGCACCACCGCGGACUAUAGUGCUGUUUCGACAGACACAUACGCCAGCCAGCAGUACGACGAUCGCUCCACUGCCUACAGUGGCUACGACGCGCAAGCGUAUUCGCAGGGCUACGCCAAAACUGAUCAAUACGCACACAGCGGUUACUAUUAAACAGCUUAAUUAACCGGCUAAUCAAAAGCAAAAACGAUACCGCGAGCGCAUGCCCAAAAAAGGCAAAGGGAUGAUGGUAUAAGGAAUAAGAAGGGUGUGCGAGUGUGUGCGCGACAGAGUACGGAGAAGAGUACACAUCAAACUGCAGCUGCCGCUACUCUUAACGCGAACAAUAACGGCGCAAAACAGCUUUCAAAGAUAAAACUCACACAUACACACUCUAAAGGCCAUGCUGUGCAGUGGGGAAACAAAAACUAAAUAGUCAACUGAAGUGUGCGCGCGCGCCUGGGGUGUGCAGGAUCAAUACACGUCUUCAAGAGAAUGAAUCCUUUCUCGGCAAUCACGCGUCAAAGAAGAUAGGAUGAUAAGCAAACAGUACAGAGUUCUAUGCAAAACGCAUCUCCCGAUUGUGUGGUGUGUAGCCUGGUGUAAAGUGGGGAGGUCCCCCCCUGUGCACUAUUACUCAACAUGAUAACGAACUCAUCUAUUCAGAAGACCAAAAAUUAAUAGAGAAAAACGAAAAGAACAAUGGUUUUUGCCACAUCGCGCUAUGCUCCCACACGAAGAGCGUAGAGUUAAACCUACCGACCGACAGCGAUCGAUCAUUUACAAGAUGUGUACAGAACUACCUAAACGGAAUCGGCUAAUGCCGUGGAAAAAAAAACCAGCAUCAGCAAAAAUAGUAAGCAAAGCGGUGGUAGGCGCAUUAUUCUGCCAGCUGGCAUGGGAUGCUCGUUUUAGCAUAUUAGUAGUUUAAAAACAAGAAUCAUAACAGCCGAGUAGUAGCAGUCUCUUAUCAGUUUCAAGCAGAUAGUGUGAGCAAUUAGUACGUAAGCACAGUUCGUGAACUAUUGCGCAGAAUUAUUAAUGACAUAGUGGGAACAGACAGAAAGAGAUACACAGAAAGAAAGCCAGGUAUCCAUCACGUUUGAUGAACAGAAGUUUUGUUUUAAGUUUAAAUGUACUCCACAUACACACAGGGCGACGACAAGCUCGAUAGGUUUAAAUAAUCUAGCAAAGGAGUGCCCCACAAGUGGACAGCAGGAGUACGAUAUGCGUCUUCAUGCAAAAGCGACUAAAAUUAGGAAGUUAGCUCAGAGCAUGCGCAGAACAUUGGAAAACUGCAAGACACAAACGCAAACACAGGAUUGAAUUUGUAAUAAUUUGAUUGGUUUUAAAUCCCUUUUAUUUGUUACAAAAGAUCAUCAUGCAAGAGUUUCUCUUUAAGGUUUCCUUUUUUGUUUUGUAAAAGUAUGACUAAGCACACAGACUCUUAGAACCCAAUAGACGAUACUAAUAAAACCCAUUGAAUAGUGUGAUUUUGUUUUAAAGCGAAUUUUCUCAAAACAGUUAGUAACUUAGCUUUUUAUAUACUCAACUGACUUGUAAAUGCUUUGAGUUUUUUUUCUGACACCUUCGAGAGACAAUUAUGUAUUUCCCUUUAUCUUUCGUUAUCUUCCACUGAAAUAUAUUGUGUUAUAGUCAUAAAAAUGCAGGGCUCAGCAGGACGCAGCAAGGCAUUCAAACAUAUUUUUUUGGCUACCACUUAGAACGUAAGCUAAAGGAAUAAUAAUAAUAAUAACAAUAUAGACUAGAAAUUACAGUGAGUAGGGAUAAGGUGCGUGUUAAGCAAGAUUUUUGGCAGGCAACUUACAUUCAAUUUGUGUCCGAGUAUGCGUGCGAAGGGCAAAUUACACAUCGGAAAGGGUUUAAGCAUUUUUGAAAGCAAAGUAUUGGCAGUGGUAGUAGGUAGGUAAGGUGAGUCAGUUAUGGAACUACGUUUUCUAUACAUAAUUUGACUUUCACUUGAAAUGUAGUCGCCCCCUUUCCGCUCAGUCAUUUAACGCAAAACGUGAAAGAUGUCCAAGCAAGUCAAGCAAGUAAAGGGAUCAGUUUGUGCAGAGUGUACUAUCUUACGGUGGAGCAGCAGAAACGAAAAUAAAAUGGAAACAUGAAACCAACUACACACAACCAACCGAUAAAGCUAACCAUAAAUAAAUUUGGUAACACAAACCGUACAGUAUGCUUUA